ACUCGCAGCCAACCAAAGGUGCCCUUUUUUUUUUUACACCCAAAGUUCCACACUUUCUUUCUCUCUUCUUUCUCCCUGUUUUCCGCCUCCAGCACUCUUACUCUCCCCCAGCAAUGGCGACGGCGGCGACGGCUACGGCUGCUUCAUUGUACCCAUCUCAUGUUCACUUCCAGAACCAGAACAAAGUUUAUGGCUUUCCACCAAAAUCCCCCAACUCAGUCAAAGUAACUCAGAUCAUCGAUGGGAGAAAGAUGAGGAAUGCCACUGUUCUAUCCUCUGCUUCAACUGAUAAAGCCAUCACCACUGCUCAGUCUAUAUCUCCCAGAGCUUGUGAUAGAGUAAGGAGACAUACCAUCUCGGUGUUUGUGGGUGAUGAGAGCGGUAUAAUAAACAGGAUAGCUGGAGUGUUUGCUAGGAGAGGAUAUAAUAUUGAGUCCCUUGCCGUGGGGUUGAAUGAAGACAAGGCUUUGUUUACUAUAGUUGUUCUUGGGACAGACAAAGUCCUGCAACAAGUUGUAGAACAGCUUAACAAAAUCGUCAAUGUCAUCAAGGUGGAAGAUCUCUCCAAGGAGCCGCAUGUUGAACGUGAACUUAUGCUCAUUAAACUUAAUGCUGAUCCAAGCACCCGUUCAGAGAUCAUGUGGUUGAUGGAUAUCUUUAGAGCAAAAAUCGUGGAUACCUCGGAGCACUCUCUAACGAUUGAGGUAACUGGAGACCCAGGAAAAAUGGUUGCACUUGAGAGAAACUUAGAGAAGUUUGGAAUAAAAGAAAUCGCGAGAACAGGGAAGAUUGCUCUGAGACGGGAAAAGAUGGGAGAAACCGCUCCGUUUUGGAGAUUUUCAGCGGCAUCAUGCUCACUUCAUUUGAAGCAACCGCCUCAUGAGACUGUUACAGAGAAAACAAAGCUAGCAAUGACUGGAAAUGGCAAUGCAUCAUCGGGGGGUGACGUUUAUCCAGUGGAACCCUAUGAAAAUUUCAAACCGGUCCUUGACGCUCAUUGGGGGAUGGUAUACGAAGAAGAUUCGAGUGGAAACCGGUCCCACACGUUAUCUAUACUUGUAGCGAACUCACCGGGAGUUCUUAAUCUAAUAACCGGCGCUAUCUCUAGGAGGGGUUAUAACAUCCAGAGUCUAGCUGUUGGUCCUGCUGAGAAAGAAGGCUUAUCUCGGAUUACGACAGUUAUCCCCGGAACUGAUGAUCAUAUAGACAAAUUGGUUAGGCAGCUUCAGAAGUUGAUUGAUCUUCACGAGGUCCAUAAUAUUACCCACAUGCCAUUUGCGGAGCGAGAACUGAUGCUCAUCAAAGUAGCAGCUCAAACUUCUACAAGGAGAGAUAUUCUAGAUAUUGCUCAAGUUUUCCGUGCUAAGGCCAUUGAUGUCUCUGAUCAUACUAUCACCCUUGAGGUUGCGGGGGAUCUCAGAAAAAUGGCUGCACUACAAACGCAGUUAGAGGUCUAUGGAAUCUGUGAGGUGGCUCGGACAGGAAGAGUGGCAUUGGUAAGAGAAUCUGGAGUGGAUUCGACUUAUCUUCGUGGAUUCUCUCUUCCUUUGUAGUUCCAAAGAGGACUUGCCACAAGCUUCACCGUUCGUGUAGACUAGUCGAGGACUGCAUCUUGUUUCAGCAUCUGUGACUGAUUGCUUCCUCCAGGAGUCAUGGCGUUUGAUGUUGUUAUAGGAGGACUUAUUUAGAGAACUAAAUAAAUAAUAAGCAUGUUUGUUUCUUAGCUUUGAAUGCUUUUCUCAAAUGUAAAACCACUAUUUCUAGAUUGUCCAGUUAUAUGUGUUGUAGCUUUCAAAGACUUGUAUAAAACUUGGUUGGUAAGGGGAAAAAUAUUAAUCGAA